GGAUAACCACGAACACGAUGGUAGGUCGUCAGUAUCGUUCCGCUGACUAUGCGGAUUCCGACCCGGAACUCGAGGUGAUGCAGGCAAUGUUACCUGAAGAGGAUGAGCCUAUAAGGGCACGGGCUUGGACUCGAUACCUUUUAUCCUGGCUUUGUGGGCUGUUUUUCGGUGUUUUGGUUGUGAUUCCAUACAGUCAUGUACGGUUUUCGAAAGAGGUGACUGCUAAUCUACCGGGCGCGCUUCCUCGAGUUCCCCUCCACGAAUGGACUAUCCACCACGUGCAGCGCAAUCACGGCUUCGAAGCUGCGCCCCCCGAGGGAGCGAAACAAGAAGCUAUCUGGGAUAGCCUCCUCCCGAACGGGUUCGGAUACGUCAACCAUCCAGACGUAGCUGCCAAUCUCUCUAUCCUAGGCGUCUUUCACUCCUUACAUUGUCUUUAUACCAUCCGUCGCGCAUACUACGACCCCAACUCCACAAAUGACGUCCUUGACCUGGGUCUCGAGCGAGAGCCGCAUGUAGGGCAUUGUUUCGAUUACCUGCAACAGACCCUGACUUGCACUGUCGAUCCAACUAUUGAGCCUGCGGACAAGCACCUUUUCGAAGAUCCGUCCUGGGGUUUUGAUAAGCAGUGUAGAGAUAUCGAGGAAAUCAAGGCCUGGGCGGAGGAAUACCGGGUGUGGGACGCCGAGGGGACGUUUCUUCCGUUUUAGUUACGCUAGAAUUUGCAUAGAUGUAUAGAUAGUGUUUGUCAAUUAACC